UUCAUACAGGGGUUGAGGGUUCAACGCGCCAUUGGAGUGGGUCGUGCAGAAAUCAUGGCAGGCGGAGAGAGAGUCGCUCACUUAAUGCGCCAGUUAGCGAGCGCGGCAUGCAGAUGUCCCGCUCAUUCUCAAGCGUAUUCAAACAUUCAUCGUCGAGUUUCUGCAGGUGAGCAUCAUACGUGUGACCGGAAAACGGACUACGCGUUUGAAAUGGCAUGUUCGAAUAUCAGAUAUGGGGCAGGAGUGACCAGAGAAAUUGGCAUGGAUUUGCAGAAUAUGGGGGCUCGUAACGUGUGUCUGAUGACGGACAGAAAUCUGGCCCGCCUGCCACCUGUCGUAGCAGUGCUGGAUUCAAUGACAACGCUUGGAGUGAAAUAUCAGAUCUUUGAGGAUGUGAGAGUAGAACCAACAGACAAAAGUUUUAAAGAAGCGAUUGCUUUUGCCAAAAAGGGACAUUUUGAUGCGUAUGUUGCUGUGGGAGGGGGCUCUGUGAUUGACACCUGUAAAGCCGCCAACCUGUAUGCAUCUCACCCAGACGCAGAAUUUCUGGACUUUGUAAAUGCACCAAUUGGAAAAGGAAAACCUAUUACAGGGACAUUGCAGCCCCUUAUCGCUGUUCCCACCACAGCUGGUACAGGCAGUGAAACCACAGGAGUGGCCAUCUUUGAUUUGGAAGACAUGAAGGCUAAAACUGGCAUAGCGAGUCGAGCAAUAAAGCCCACGUUGGGUAUGGUGGAUCCAUUGCACACUCUUCACAUGCCGUCCCGAGUGGCAGCUAACAGCGGGUUCGAUGUGCUCUGUCAUGCACUAGAGUCUUUUACUGCGUUGCCUUACAACCAAAGGAGUCCGUGCCCACCCAACCCCCUGAAUCGCCCUGCCUACCAGGGUAGUAAUCCAAUCAGUGAUGUAUGGGCAAGACACGCUCUCAAGAUUGUUGCCAAAUACUUGAAACGGGCGGUGCGUGACCCAGAAGAUGUGGAGGCUCGGUCCAGCAUGCACCUGGCCAGUGUGUUCGCAGGAAUUGGUUUUGGCAAUGCUGGAGUCCAUUUAUGUCAUGGAAUGUCAUACCCUAUUGCCGGGAAUGUCAAAACUCAUAGAGCCAAAGGCUACAAUGUAAACCAUCCUAUAGUGCCUCAUGGACUGUCUGUAGUUCUCACAUCUCCUGCUGUUUUUGCCUUUACUGCCAGCAUGUGCCCAGAGCGCCACCUGGAGGCAGCACAGAUACUAGGUCCUGAUGUGACUAACGUUAAGAAAGAAGACGCCGGCCGUUUAUUGGCUGACACUCUUAGAAUGUUUUUAUAUGACCUGGAUGUGGAGGACGGCUUGUCUGCCAUUGGCUACACUGAAGAGGACAUUCCAUCUUUAGUGAAGGGCACUAUCCCUCAGGAGAGGGUCACUAAACUGUCCCCUAGAGCUCACAGUGAAGAGGAUUUGUCUGAUCUGUUUGCUGCCUCCAUGAAGCUCUAUUGAGCAUCCUGAAGGACAUUAUAGCACUGAACUGAAAACACACUCACAGGUUUCUCAGAAGCGCAGACUCUAAUUAGCUGUGCUAAUUUUAUUAUGUAAGCAAAGACACUGAUUAGGGAUGCACCGAAUGUUCGGCCACCGAAUAUAUUCGGCCGAAAAUAGCAAAAAACGCAUGUUCGGUAUUCGGCCGAAUAUGUGAAAUGGCCGAAUAAUUUUACCGAACAUGACUCGAGAAACGAUCAACUAGCAACCAGCGCAGAGAGAGAGAGAGAGAGAGAGACGUGCGCUUUAUUAAUGCCGCAAACAUUUUGGCAGUGUGUGUGUGGAGCAUUUUAAGGUGUCAGAGAAAGACAAAGCACGGGACUUGCCGCACGGAAGUAAAUUUCCGAAUGAAAGCGUCUUUACCGGUCGGUAACUUGUGGCUAUUUCAGACGGGAGCGGGCUGUCUGACAGUAGCCCCGCCGCUCGCGACAUCCUUUGACAUCAUACAGUGGUCGCGCGCACACAGUUCCCUGUACUAAACAACUUGUCAAAGUAUGUUCUGUGCAUCCCGGCCACGAGUGCACCAGAGAACAGUCAGCUUUUGUGGGCGGAGUUUGCAGGAGAGACGUGAACUGAUAUGGUUGUCAGUCAGCAUCAGUCAGAAUAGCUUGCGUUCGAUGUUUUUUUUUCUUACAAUCAUUUUGCAACGUAGCCUAUAAUAAUCCAACAGUUUUAGUUUAUUCGUAUUUUUAGUUUAUAGGCCUAAUGUGGAAUGACACUUUUUAAUGAAGUGUUUUGUUGUAGGGGUACAGAGUAACUUACAUUACAUUCUUUUACCAGUCAGUUAUAGGCCUAAUUAAUAUAGGCUAUUAAAUUUUUUGUUUUAAUGUAUUUUGUUUUGCUCAAUUUUAUAUUAAGUUGUAUUGUAUUUUAUUGAAAAGCAAGACAAAUUUUUAAAAGCAAAUUUUGACUAUUCAGUUUGUGCAAUAGUGAAAAAAUAGCUUAAUAAAUAGAAGAAAUGCAAAAACCAUAUUCGGUGUUCGGUAUUAUUCGGCCUUCGGCCAAGUGUUUCACAUCAUGUUCGGCUUCGGCUUCGGCCAAGAAUGUUAGAUUCGGUGCAUCCCUAACACUGAUCUAAGUGCACUGACCUUUAAUCCGUUUAGUGUGACGUCAUGUUCACAACGAGACAAGCAUUGAGUUUUAAAUACAAUUCAGAAACUGUAUUGUCAGAUACUGUACUUUUAAAUGAUGCACAUGUUCUUGUGUUUCAUUCGAGAUUCAUCAGUACAGUAAGAAUAUGAUAUGCUGUAAACAAAAUGUACACUUGUGACUGAUCAGCACAAAUUUGGUUGAUUUGAAAUCUCAUUAAUCUGAUUAAGUCUAUUGACUAUAUUAGAUUUAGUCUGGUUUAAUUUUAAUCUAGUGCUCAACAUUAAAGUUUCUCCUUUGGUACUUUUCAAAUCCCUAUUUAAGCUUUCAUGUUCAAGUCAGGGUGCUGUGUUACUUGCAGACAACUGUUGUAAAAUUGUUAUCAGAAAUGGAAAAACUUGAGAUAAUUUUUCUUGGUAACAAUUUACAAUAAGGUUUUUAAUUUAGGUAUUUGUUUAUAUUAGUAAAUGCAUGA